AUGGCGGCGGCCGCUUUCAUCCCCCGGCCCCGCGCAUUACCAUACGCGCUGCUCCAAAGGCGCAAUUUGAAUGCGGAGGGCCCGGCCGAGCAGCACCGACCCCGCGAGGGGAACGCCGCAGCCCGAGGGCAGCGCCGGGCACAGGGCCGGGGGAGGGGUGGGGAGGGCACACGGUCGUGGCUCUCCGCAGGGGGUUCCUACGUGGUGGAGCCGGAGGAGAACAAGAGGACGCGGACGGCCUACACGAGAGCGCAGCUUCUGGAGCUGGAGAAGGAGUUUCUCUUCAACAAGUACAUCUCCCGGCCUCGGCGGGUGGAGCUGGCCGUCAUGCUGAACCUGACCGAGAGACAUAUCAAGAUCUGGUUCCAGAACCGGCGGAUGAAAUGGAAGAAAGAAGAAGACAAAAAGAGGGGGACGGCCAACAGCGCUGAUCCCGAACAGGACUGCGUGGUGUCCUCGGGGAAGCUGCAGGGCAAAGAGGAUCUGCAGCCGUGACCGCGGACUCCAGCAACCCCUCCAGCUCGGCCUCGGCUUCGCCCCCGGACAACGGAGGGA